UUUGGACACGUGUGCAGUCUAAGAUCUGCUGGCAGCAAGCCCAUCAACGGUCCAUAUUCCACACAACAUGCACAGACGUGACAGGUGCCAGAAUAUGUAUGCCUCAGACGAUUGUGACAGGAAAUAAAUGGGGGUGACCAAAAGCAAGCAUCUGUGCGCCAGUCCAAGCAAGAGAAUAUCAUCAGGCAGGAUGAUUCGAGACAAGAGCAUUUUGCUGUGUCACAUCCUGCAACAGCCGGACAUCUGCACGGAGCCAUCGCAGUCUGAAAGAUCAUGAAUAUUUGCGUGUGUACAGCAGCUGCAGUGGUGAAUGUUCUGCGUCAGGAGCGAAGGUGCAGAAGAGUGGAUCAACCCAGCUGCUCCAUGCAAGAGACCCUACCGUUGUUUCAUGACGACCUCAGAUGCAGGAAUGUUUGGUCUUGUACAUUCGGUGAUUGGCACGGCAGGGAGUGCGUGAUUCACCUCAGGGCUGUGUUGUGUCACUGUAUAUCCUGUGAGUUGUGCACCCUUGUAGGUAUGUAUUGUCAGUGUGGGCAUGAGUUUCUUGGGGCAUGUGACUGAUUGCAGUGAUUGACAGGCCCAGCGCUUGCGUUGGUCACCUGGGCACUCGGCUUGUAUGCGUCAUGCCCUGACACGGUUAUUACACAUCUGCAGUUGAGGAGGCACCGGCACUCGGUCGGGCUGCACAGAUGGAAAGUUACUUUGGUGUCUGCAGGAACUGUGCUGAUCAGCUCUGUGUCGGCAGGAGACCUGUUAACAACGGGUCAGCUGUGCCUGUGAUGUGUUGCCCGCGUGCCCCUGUUGCAUCCAGCGGUGCACUUCAACUUGCCUGACAUCUGGCUGAUUGGAUCAUUACCAGCACAUAUUGCAUGCAUCAUGAGGAGGGUUCAGUGUACUUUGAUAAGAGGGACCUCGUCUUUUGCCCGGGAGUGAAUGUUCUGAAUGUAAACAGGAAGCAUUUGAAGAAGAUCAGAAGCAGUAGGUUUGUGUGUCUCAAGUUCUGUUCCUGCGCUCCUCCUUUGAUGAGCCCCUGAAAGUGUGAUGGCUAUCGGGUGUACAAGCUGUCUUCGCCAGGCUCUGCUAGUUCUUUGUGUCACCCUCCAAAUGACCAGCUCAGCACUGCAACAAAGAAGCAAAUGCCUCCAAAACAUACCAGCCGGCCUGGUGUCAACCCCUCGGUGGAUUUCACCAAUCAUGUCAUAAAGACUCUGGCGAUGGAGAUUUUAGGCUACCAGGAUGUACGGAUCUUGAAUGCAGAGGUUGACUUCCACAACUCCACAGUGGCUCUGCAGAGAAUAUCUGGAUGUUACGAUUAUAGUUGUCGUGCCAUCUGGAUUCCCAAUGAUGCAAGCAAUGCCACCAUCAACAUGGAGGUGUGGCAGGACAACCUGCUGGAGAUGGCCCUGUGGUCAGAGACGGGAACCAUCAAAGUCAACGGUUUUCUGGGCUACACAGCGAGGUAUGGGUGGUUCGUCUCCCAGACAUUGGUGGCUGAGAUGUGGGAGCAACACCAGAUCAUUGCCGAUCACUGGAAGAGUCUGCACUCCCAGACGGUGAUCCGAAAGCUCCUAAUCCCCUUGAGUGAGCUGCAGGGCCUGGUCACCAUCAAAUCCGAGAAGCCUUGGGGCAAGGAGACCCGAUACUAUUGCGAGAGGGCCGAGUGCAUUCAGGGGAUGUACAUCCCUCCUGUGUGCCAGGGCACGGACAGCACCACGCCAACGGCAGAAUGCCCUACGCUUGUCGCCGGUUACCCAGAUACUUCAUUUGACAUGCUGAUUGGUCAGAUCGUUAGUCUCCGUCUCCCGGUUGUCGUGGCCUGGAUCGGUCCACAACUGGAAAGCUACAUAAGCACUCGCUCCCAGACCCACCGGCACACCCUCUUCUUAAGCUGGAGCCCGCACGCCUUGACAUCAUCCGGACUCUUCAACCGGGUCUCGUUCCCCACAUGUGUAGAGGGCGUCUCAAUCGAUGCAAAUUCGGGCUGCGAUUUCCGCACCCUCCCAGUCAGCAAAGUGACAUGGCUGCCACUGGCCCACGGCGCUCCUGACCUGGACGAGAUGAUCUCUGCGAUGAGCUUCAGCGACUUUGAGAUGCAGGUGAUCCUGCGGAAGUUUUACCAUAGCAGCGGCAACAUGGAGGCUUUUGCAUGUGACUGGCUGAAGAGCAACACGGACAUCUGGAAUGGAUGGCUACCAAAUCAGCUGAACCCGAGGAAGAAGAUCUACCUCGGUGGUCUGUUUCCAGACCACAUACCAGCCUUCAGUGGCAUUGGGAUCGGAGCCAAGCUGGCCGUGGAGGCGGUGAAUACUGACAGCAGCAUCUUGACCACCCACGAGUUGGAACUGGUGGUGGAUGGCUCAGAUGGUAGUGAUGCUGUGGCGUCCUACCUCAGGCUCCAGAAGGAUAACACCAAACCACUCACAGGGGUGAUUGGUCCAAUGCACUCAGAGGACUGUAAAAUCAUUGCACCGAUUGCUGCCCUCUUCAGGACUGUGGUAAUCAGCUAUGGAGUUGAGUCACCAGCUCUGUCCAACCGGGACUUCUAUCCCAACUUUGUCUGCAUGUUACCUAGUGCAGCAGAAAAUGCGUAUGCCCUGGCCAGACUGUUUGAGACUUACAGCUGGAAGCGGUAUGCGGCAAUCUCUGACAGCGAGGUGUCCAGCCUGGAAGUGAUGACGACCACAGAGGGAAUCCUGGGGGAGCAGGGCAUCACUCUGGUUGCCUCCCAGAGUUUCACCGAUCCGUUACUGCUCAACCCGGCCCUCUUCUUUGACGAUAUCAAGAACCAGCGAGCUCAUCUCGUCGUUGGCCUGUUUUCAGACGUGGCGGCCCGUGUGCUGCUGUGUGAAGCAUACAAACAAGAUGUGACGGGGUAUGAGGGGUACCAGUGGUUCUUGCCUGCACUCUACCCGGAUCAUUGGUGGGAUACCGACUUCUACAACAGCGAUAGGCAGGAAUCACCAGAGUCGGUGCCCUGCACAACGCAGGAGAUGGCCCGCGCUGUGGCCGGUUACAUGAGUCUGUCACAGUUACAUGUCGCUAGGGGCGAGGAGUGCAUUGUGAGCGGAGAGACAGCUGCACAGUGGGAAGAAAAGUAUCAGGCAGUUGUUGAUCAAGAGGGUAAGCAAGCAUCUGACUUUGCUGCCUAUGCAUAUGACGCGGUCUGGGCCUUUGCUCUGGCAUACGAGAGUCUCCUUCAGAAGAGCCCGGGUGCACUCGGCAUGUCUAGACACUAUCGGGACAUAUCGUCAUUCAUGUCCCAUCUAUCUAAGACCCGAUUCCUAGGCAUGACUGGGGAGGUCACUUUUGCUGGCUCAGACCGUCAAGGGCCAGUUCUGAUCUCUCAACACCUACCCCAGAGGUCAACAGUCAGUAUGCCUGUUGGUUUGUACAUCCCUUUUGUGGCCAACUCGAGCGAGUGGACGGGAACGUUACAGUUAAACACCAGUGACAUAGUUUGGUUGAAUGAUGGAAAGAUUCCAGAUGAUGGCGGGAUUGAUGAGGGUGAUUGUGCCGUGGAGAGUUUUCGAGUCUUCCUGGGCGUGGACUGCCAGUCAGCUACAGCCAUCCUCAAUGCCUUCCUCAUUAUCGUUGUCUUCAUCAUCCUGGUCGUCUGUGUUGUUCUUGUGAAGAAAGCGUACAACCGUAAGGUCAAGAAAGCCGGACAGAAAGUCAAGGACCUGGGCAUUACUGCCCUGGGCCAGAGCACCCUACUGUCCCUGAACAAGUGGGAGGUAGCGCAAGAUAACGUCAUCCUGAAUCGCAAGCUUGGCGAGGGGGCCUUUGGGACGGUCUACGGGGGCGAGGCCAUGCUGGACGGGAAUCACUGGGUCGGGGUGGCAGUCAAAACCCUCAAAGUGGAAUCUACCAUUGAGGAAAAGCUUGAUUUCCUGAGCGAGGCAGAGAUGAUGAAGCGGUUUGAUCACAAAAACAUUGUCAAGCUGUUAGGAGUGUGUACUCGCAGGGAGCCCCUGUAUACUAUCAUGGACUUCAUGUUGCAUGGUGACUUAAAGACGUUCCUCUUGGCUCGACGCCAUCUUGUCAGCCAGGGGCAAGUAGAUGAUUCGUCCAUGUCACCUGAGCGGCUGACUUCCAUGGUACUAGAUGUUGCCACAGGAGUUAGUUACUUGGCCGCCAAUAAAUAUGUGCACAGGUCAGUUCAGGGAACCAGUGAAGAGAUGUAA